CAUGAGCAGUAUGAACUUAACCAACUUCGGCAAACGACAAAUAAGUCUAACGUUAUGUGAUUUUAUAAAAUAAAUAAUUAAUCAUUUAAUCAUUUAUUUUUUGAAAUGGCAUAUCGACUCUUUAAUAGUGGCAGGAAAUUGGAAAAUUUAGUAUGGAACACUAUAACCCGCUAUAAUAGACAUAUAUUGCCAAAGAGUAACACUUUAUUCAAACAACUUAUACUAAAGGAGUGGCGGUUGUUUUGUCAGAAGCCGCCGAAAGGGUUUGAAAAGUAUUUUAAAGAAGGCAAGUCAGUUCCCAAAAAUGCUAAAGGUGAAGGUAAAGAAGCUGAAAGCAAAGAAAGCAAAGCAGAAAAAGAAUUACCACCUAGCAGGCCACCACCCACUUCUAAACCUCAAGAUCAGUGGUCUUUUGGUGUUUUUGGUGGUUCAGGCAGCAGAAGUGGUGGUGGAAAACCAUUUAGUGACAAUGACCAAAAUAAGUGGUAUUUACUAGGAGCUGCAGCAACAGUAGCUUUUCUAGCAACUGUGACUAUGUGGGAGAUGGGUUAUAAGGAAAUUGGCUGGAAAGAAUUUGUUUAUAAUUAUUUGGCCCGUGGAGCUGUUGAAAAAUUGGAAGUUGUAAAUAAGAAAUGGGUAAGAGUUCGUUUGACACCUGGUACUACCGCUGAUGGAGCAAAUGUUAUUUGGUUUAACAUAGGCAGUGUCGACUCAUUCGAACGUAACCUAGAAAAUGCGCAAAUGGAAAUGAAUGUGGAGCCUCCAAAUUUUGUGCCUGUUAUUUAUAAGACUGAACUCGAAGCAGCCAGUUUGUCAGGAGUACUGCCCACGUUGCUGGUCAUUGGCUUUCUUUUUUACAUGAUGAGGAGAUCUGCAGAAAUGAUGGGCGGCCGCAAGGGCAAAAGGGGUGGUCUGUUUGGUGGAGUAAUGGAAAGUACUGCUAAAUUGAUUAAUUCAAAUGAAAUUGGGGUUAAAUUUAAGGAUGUAGCUGGAUGUGAGGAGGCAAAAAUUGAAAUAAUGGAAUUUGUAAACUUUUUGAAGAAUCCUCAACAGUAUAUUGAGUUAGGGGCCAAAAUUCCUAAAGGGGCCAUGCUAACUGGUCCACCAGGUACAGGUAAAACUCUACUGGCCAAGGCAACUGCGGGAGAAGCAAAUGUGCCCUUUAUAACUGUCUCUGGUUCUGAAUUUCUAGAAAUGUUUGUUGGAGUAGGGCCGUCUCGCGUUCGUGAUUUAUUUGCAAUGGCGCGAAAGCAUGCGCCCUGUAUUUUAUUCAUAGAUGAGAUUGACGCUGUGGGUAGAAAACGAGGUGGUCGAAGUUUUGGCGGCCAUUCUGAACAAGAGAACACACUAAAUCAAUUAUUGGUGGAAAUGGACGGUUUUAAUACCACCACAAAUGUCGUUGUCCUUGCCGCAACCAACAGAAUUGACAUACUGGACAAAGCUCUUUUACGACCUGGUCGAUUCGACAGGCAAAUUUUUGUCCCUGCCCCUGACAUUAAAGGCAGAGCGAGCAUAUUCAAGGUGCAUUUGGCCCCGCUCAAAACUAGUCUUGAUAAGAUUGAUCUGGCCAGAAAAAUGGCGGCACUUACCCCAGGCUUUACCGGCGCCGAUAUUGCCAAUGUUUGUAACGAGGCUGCGUUAAUAGCAGCGAGGGAUCUUAACGAGAUGAUCAUCAUGAAACAUUUCGAGCAAGCUAUUGAAAGGGUUGUGGCCGGCAUGGAGAAGAAGACUAAUGUUUUGUCUCCUGAAGAGAAAAGGACAGUGGCAUACCAUGAAGCUGGGCAUGCUGUGGCCGGUUGGUUUCUGGAGUUUGCUGAUCCUCUCUUAAAGGUAUCGAUAAUACCCAGAGGUAAAGGUUUGGGAUAUGCUCAGUAUCUGCCAAAAGAUCAAUAUUUAUACUCGAAAGAGCAGUUGUUUGAUCGCAUGUGUAUGACCCUUGGAGGUAGAGUUUCUGAGGAAUUGUUCUUCGGUAGAAUAACGACGGGGGCACAAGACGAUCUUAAGAAAGUUACCCAAAGUGCGUAUGCUCAGGUCGUCCACUAUGGUAUGAAUGACAAAGUGGGUAAUGUUAGUUUUGACAUGCCCCGUGAAGGUGAAAUGAUGAUUGAAAAACCUUAUUCUGAAGAGACAGCCCAGUUGAUCGACAUAGAGGUUAGGAAAUUAAUCGAAUCCGCACAUGAAAGAACGAGGACACUUCUGACAGAACGCAAGGAUCAAGUGGCGAAAGUUGCAGAAAGACUUUUAAAGCAGGAAAUUAUAAGUCGGGAUGAUAUGAUUGAGCUUUUAGGCAAGAGACCGUUCCCAGAGAAAUCGACAUACGAAGAGUUUGUUGAAGGAACGGGAUCGUUUGAGGAAGAUACCACUUUGCCGGAAGGGCUGAAGGAGUGGAACAAAGAGAAAAAUAAAGACGUGCCCGACGCAAAGGCACCCGUUUAGUUAACAAUUCCUAGACUGCGACUUCUAAGUAUUUUUGUUAAUAACUGUAAAAUCAAAAUAAACAUAUGUUUUGUUCAGUGAAAGUGUUAUUUUACAAGGUCAAAGGUUAUAUAAGAAUAUGAGGUAAGUUUAAUAGUAAUAGUUUGUUUAAUAGACUCGACUAGAUUAUUAAUUUAGAAAUUUGGGCUUGGCCCUACCCCCAAAAUUACAAAAAAGUAUGUUUCAUAAUAAGAUGGUCCUUAAAGAAAAAGUGUAUAUCAAUGUAGAUCCACAAAUGCUUUAUAUUUGAUUUGAUAUACAGGGUGUGGAAAAUAUAAAAAAAUGAGUUUUCGUCAUUUUCAUGCUUAGUGUCAUUUGGGGCUUGUGUAGCCCAUGACCAGGCAAACGCAGAGGUUCGAAUGAAAUAACUGAUAUUUGGAGACUGAAAACGCCACCGCCCAGAACGUAAAUCACUUAGAUUAAAUGAAAUACGUCGAGAAGUCACAGAGUACAUAUUUUGUCAAACAUAUACAUGGUCACAGACCAGUGAACCAUGAACGGUUCAUCAUUCAUAUUGACAGGUAGAUGCCCACAAAGCAUAGAAAUAAUUUUUUUACUCCUGUCUGUAAAAUACCUAAUUACACCCCGAACUAUCAUGCGGGAAGCGUCACUUUAUCACGUCAGUUUCGUUUCGCACGGAUCCGAGCCACUUCGGACAUUUCCGCGAUUUUACUGCACGAGUUUGGGAGCAAUCGGAUGUUUUCGGAGAUAUUUCCCACGUUUUGAAUUUUGGCGUUUGUCAAUUCUGAUGGCCAUGUCAGUGAAAGUAUUCGUGUUGUUUUGCGAAAAUGUACUCA